AAAUUAGAGGGAAUAAANCUAAAAUAUAUUUUUGGUCUCCAACAUUUUGCAGGCUUUGCUUCUUGUCACCGAUUGAUUUUCCCUUUCCCUUUCCCUUUUUUUCAAUCCAUUUCCGUUUAAAUUCACACCUAUCCGUAAUCCCACAAUCAGUUACGAUUGAAUCCCAAAUUUGAUUACAAGUAGCUAAGCUUUUAUUUUAUUUUGGAAAGAAGAAGAUGCAGAGGAGUAGACGCAGGUGCGAGGGCACUGCCAUGGGCUCGAUCGUGCUCGAUCUCCGGCCCGGCUUCGGCAUCGGACCUUUCUCGCUCGGGAUGCCUAUAUGUGAAGCUUUUGCACAAAUAGAGCAGCAGCCCAAUGUUUAUGAUGUUGUUCAUGUGAAAUACUAUGAUGAGGAGCCUCUGAAGCUUGACAUAGUUAUCAGCUUUCCUGAUCAUGGUUUUCAUCUGAGAUUCGAUCCUUGGUCACAGAGGCUGCGCCUUAUUGAAAUUUUUGACGUCAAACGGCUGCAAAUGCGAUACGCCACUGCUUUGAUUGGGGGGCCAUCCACUCUAGCAACAUUUGUAGCUGUGUAUGCUCUUUUUGGGCCCACAUAUCCUGGAAUUUACGACAAGGACAGAGGCAUUUACAAUCUCUUUUACCCAGGUUUGUCCUUUGCCUUCCCAAUUCCUUCACAAUAUGCAGACUGCUGUCAUGACCGAGAAGUGUUGUCAUCUUUGAAAGCUGAACUGCCCUUGGAGUUUCCUGAUGGCACAACUCCAGUAACUUGCCGUGUCUCAGUAUAUGACUCGUCUGCAGACAAUAAAGUUGGUGUAGGGUCGUUGAUGGCCAAGGCUUGUGUACCUCCAUUGCCAGCUGGCAGCCUUUACAUGGAAGAAGUACAAGUGAAGUUGGGGGAGGAAUUAUGGUUUACAGUUGGAGGCCAGCAUAUCCCAUUUGGUGCGUCACCACAGGAUGUAUGGACUGAGUUAGGUCGACCCUGUGGAAUUCAUCAGAAACAGGUGGACCAAAUGGUAAUCCAUUCUGCAUCUGAUCCUCGACCACGGACAACUCUCUGUGGAGACUAUUUCUACAAUUACUUUACCCGUGGAUUUGACAUUUUAUUUGAUGGGCAGACCCACAAAAUAAAAAAGUUUGUUCUGCAUACCAACUAUCCCGGCCACGCAGAUUUCAACUCGUAUAUGAAGUGCAACUUUGUGAUUCACGGUUCUGAUUUUGGUGGAUCAUUGCAUGAGGAUGCAAAUACCUCUAAAUGCACCAUAACCCCUAGCACAAAGUGGGAACAAGUUAAGGAAAUUCUUGGGGACUGUGGUCGUGCUGCAAUUCAAACUCAGGGUUUGACCAGCAAUCCUUUUGGGUCUACUUUUGUGUAUGGCUACCCAAAUAUCGCCUUUGAGGUCAUGAAGAACGGUUACAUUGCAACUGUAACUCUUUUCCAGUCCUAGUGCUCGGAGUCCGGUCAAUUUGUACAGUCAAAUGGUGGGGAACAAAUAAGUACGGCUGCCUUAUGAUGCUAGUGUUCGAACAUGUACAGUGGCAAUAACUUGUAGACUUGUAAAUAUUCUCUCAAAUGCUCGUUGAAAAAGAAACUGUUUGGGUUGUGUAUAUUAUUUCCUUGCGUGCCAUUAGAUUAUUGCCAAUAUCAGGAAUUCCAUUAGUAACAGAAUUAAUUUUCAUCUUGAAUCCUUCUGUAAGGAGACAUAAAAAUGACCAAUUCAAAUAACUGACAGACAUACAAUCACAUGCAUAAUACAUAAUCAUCUCAACUCAUACCUUAUCGAUUCCUUUUUUCUAGGAGAAAUUAGACGCAUGAAAAUAGAUUCAAUGGAACAUGUAAAUUAAAUUUGAAGCGCAGAAUUGAGAAAAGAA